AUGCGCAGUCCCACGUUAAAGAGUAUUUGUGUUGAACAAAUCAGUUUGGAUGAGUUCAUAUUGGAGGCUGAUAGUCUUGAGCGUUUGCAUUUGAAAGAUUGCCAGCUCAAGCUCAUUAAACUGGUUGGUAAGGGUACUUUGAAGCAGUUGGUGAUCGAUUAUGUUACUUCUAAUGCUGUUACUUCUACACACCUUGAUAUCGGUGAUAAUCUUCUUGAAAAUCUUGAGGUUGUAGAUAUCUACGAAUUCACAAUCAUUUGGCCACAGUUCUACAAGAUGAUAUCAAGAUCAUCAAAACUGAGAAGGCUACGGCUCUGGGAUGUGUUCUUUGAUGACAAAAAUGAGAUUGUGGAUUUGGAAACAUUUUCUGUUUGCUUCCCACAGCUAAGCCAUCUUUCUUUGUGGUACGUGUACUUAAGAGAUGGAGUUCAUUAUGCUUUACCAGGCUCUUCUCAUUUGGAGAAUGUGAUUGAAAUGGAGCUUGGAUGGACUACAAUAAAUGAGCUCUUCCCAGAUUGGGUUGAGGGAUUGGUUAAACGAUGCCCAAAUCUUAGGAAGUUGGUCAUUCAUGGGCAAGAUAUGGAUUCCGAAGAAACAGAGGAAUGCAUGAGACUUACAUCAUUGAUUAAACACCUCAUCAAUGAUAAAUAUGAGCACGUAGAGGUUUAA